GCGGGGUCCCUCACAGCCCCGUUUCCCCUCGCACAGCAAAGAGGUGGCACCAAGAGGUGGGUGCUGCUCUCGUGAGCUGCUAGUGGUGGACGGGUGACAGCGGCGGGACGCUUGGCAGCUCUCACUUCUGGGAUGUGGACUCGGCUUCCCACUGCCCGCGGAGCGAGCAGAAAGCCCAUGCUGGGGAGCGGGGAGGUCAGCGAGCCCCCUUGGGUGCCAGGGCCCGUCCUGCCUGACCUCCUGGCACCGCGUCCCCACUGCCGUCAAGGACGAAGCCUGGCGGGGUGGGGAGGUAGGAAGAGGGGGCUCGGGGCGGAGCUGCCCCCCUGCGCCAUAUCCUGCGCCGCCAUUGAGCUGCAGGCGCCUCGCGGCCACGGGGUUUUCCCAGGCAGCAGCUCCCAGCCCCGCACGCAGAUGGCCCAGCCGCGCGGGAGGGGGCCCUGUCCGGGGCUGCCUCCACCCGGUGCCUUUUCGGGGGCACGGAGCCCCGCUAGCGGGGGAUUUGUGCGUCUGUGGCGGCGUGGGCACGCUGCCCGCGGAGCUGGGAGCUGCGCCUGUCGGCACGGGCGAGUUGCAGGGCUGGCGGCCCGGGGCUGGAAGCUGCGGCGGUGGCUGCCUUGCCCAGGGGCCGAGGCAGUGUCCCCGUCUCACAGGAGGGGUGGCCUCGUCCUGAGGCCUGGGUCUGCGUCCUGGGGCCUGCCACAGUGCUUCCUCUUCUCGGCGCUGCAGAUAUGUUGAUAGGGCAAACACCACGUGGCCCACCAAGCGCCAGCUGGUACUGCAGAGUGCAGGAAACCGGGGCGCCGGGCACGCCGGCCCUUCUCAAGGAAACCUCGGCCAGGGCAUUGUUACAGGAGCACGGGCUUGGCAGGGAAAGGCUGUUGUGCAGAAGGAGCAGAGGAGGAAAACACGGAGUUAUGGAAACUGCAGCGAGGACGGGAAGGAAGCGCGGCACGGCUGGGCUCGAGGAGCUGCAGCGAUUGACGCCAGGAGGGGACGGGGCCGUCCCCUGCCGCGAGCUCCUCCAAGCUGGCCCUGGGCUGGUGGGGACGAGGAGGAGCGCGGCGUCUCUGGCAGCCUCGCAGCAAAUUCAGGCAUGCCCAGCUCACGUUCCAGGUUGCUGCGUACAAGCCAGCAGCUGCCUCCCGGCGCUAAGCAGAAAUACAGGUUUUAACGAGGGAGGGGGACGGGGACCGGGCCUCUGAGGAUCACAGGAUGAGGGACUGCUCUUCCCUCCCGUCUCUAUUCCCUGCGCACCAGCAGCUCUGACCUCUCCUGGUCCCUGCCUUGCAGGGUCCCUGGGGGGUGGCAAGGGGAAGCAGCAGCCGCUGGUGGGUUUCCCCGGCCGAGCGAGCAGUGGAAAGGCCCCGGCCCCAGCUGCAGCAGGUGCCCUGUGGGGCUGAGCUGCCUGCUGAGCACUGGGUACGUUUCCCCGGCCGGUGAUCCCUGCAGGGUCCGUCGACCCCAGCAGUAAAUCAUCGAGGUGGGUUUGUGCCAGCAGAGUCAGGAGCAAAUUCGCUGCUGGGAGGCCCAGGCACAGCACGCAAUGGGGUUGCUCCUCCGAUGGGUGUGGGAUCCCAGGGGCUCGAGCACCUCGGGGGCUCCCCUUGCCUGGCCCCGGUGCGUCCUGGCCCCAGGAGCAAAGUCAGGGGCGAGCGGCCUCGUUUGGCGGCCGGCAGCGGGCCACAGUUGUUUUGCACUCUCUGCAAUGUUGCCCUAGUGACGUUGGCUCCCUUCCCUCCGCAUGGUUUCUCAGAGUCUCCGGCAGCUCCACCUCCUCCCUGCGCCUUGGCUCUUGCCGCGCGGCGAGGACCCGCUGGGGAGAGCAGCCGGCCGCAGGCGCACGUGACGCCUCCCCCUCGCUCGGCUGUUUGCUCUCAGCCCCAGCAAGACGCGCUGGCCCGUGUCCCGCAGGCUCCCGGUCCUCUGAGGGCCGGAGCCUCGCGUCCUGCUGCAGGAUCCGGCCUCCGCCCCGGCCGGGCGAGGGGCAGCUGGCAGCGAGGUAACGGUUCCCAAGAUGUCCCUCUGGAACAUCGUCUCCCACAUGCCGCCGGAGGAGUUCAGCAGCCUCUUCGCGGAGUUUCCCCGCAGCCUGCGCUGCCUCCUGGCCGACUGGCUGGAGAACCAGCCCUGGGAGUUCAUCAAUGGCUCCGACGCCUUCUGCACCAGCGUGGCCAGCGGGAUGCUCUCGGCCAUGCUGGAGAAGCUCCGCAGUGCCGCCAGCAGCGAUGGGCAGCAGUGCCAGAUCCUUCAGCAAGUCAGCAGCAUUGAGAGCACGUACCGGCGGGACCCGCUGCGGCUGGUGGCUGUCCUGAAGGCGAUCCUGGAGGGCGAGAAGGCCGCCGUGCUCAAGAGGGACCGCCACCUGCCCCUCAGCUUCCACCGGCGGCAGGAGGAGCUCAAGUUCAGCCUGGGCCUGCAGCGGCUGCAGCACCGUGUCCGCGAGGUCCAGGCACUGCGGGAGCGCAGCUCGCAGCUGCGGGACGGCUCCGCAGCCUCUCUGCCGCUGAACCCACAGCUGAAGACAGAACCCAAAGCCCCGGAGAGCGAGCUGCCCACCCUGAUCCUGGAGGCCACAAAAGAGCUGGAGGUGGCCAAGCAGCAGGUCCUGAAGAGGAUCCAGAUUUGGAAGAGGCAGCAGCAGCUGGCGGGGAACGGAGCGCUCUUCGAGGAGAACCUAGCGCCGCUGCAGAAGAGGUGUGAGAGCCUGGUGGAGGUUUAUUUCCAGCUGCACCAGCAGGUGAUGGCAGCGAGCGCAGAGCUGGGGCCUGAGCUGCUGCCCCGGCUCCUGGAGCGCUUCAACGAGGUUUUAUCCAGCCUGGUCAAGAGCUCCUUCCUGGUGGAGAAACAGCCCCCGCAGGUGCUGAAGACCCAGACCAAGUUCCAGGCAAGCAUCCGGUUCCUGCUGGGUCCCCAGCUGCUGAAGGCGUCCACCAAGCCCUACAUGGUGCGGGCUGACAUGGUGACGGAGAAGCAGGCGCGGGAGCUGGCACUCAGCGCCUACGGCAACACCCUGAGCGAGAGCACGGGGGAGAUCAUGCACAACGUGGUGGCCCUGGAGACCAACCCCACCAGCGGGACCUGCUGCGCCAACUUCAAGAACGUGCUGCUGAAGAAGAUAAAGCGCUGUGAGCGGAAGGGGUCCGAGUCGGUGACGGAGGAGAAAUGCGCCGUCCUGUUCAGCACCACCGUGGCCCUGAGCCCCAGCAACCUCACUGUGCACCUCCAGGUCCUGUCUCUGCCCAUCGUGGUCAUCGUCCACGGGAACCAGGACAACAACGCCAAAGCCACCGUGCUGUGGGACAACGCCUUCUCGGAGAUCGACCGCGUGCCCUUUGUGGUGGCCGAGCGGGUGCCGUGGGAAAAGAUGUGCGAUACUCUGAACCUGAAGUUCAUGGCAGAGGUGCAGACCACCAAGGGGCUUCUCAAGGAGCACUACUUCUUCCUGGCCCAGAAGAUCUUCAAUGACCACAGUGCCAGCCUGGAGGACUUCCAGAGCCGCAGUGUCUCCUGGGCCCAGUUCAACAAGGAGAUCCUGCCCGGCCGGGGCUUCACCUUCUGGCAGUGGUUUGACGGAGUCCUCGACCUCACCAAGAGAUGCCUCAAAAGUUACUGGUCGGACAGGCUCAUCAUCGGCUUCAUCAGCAAGCAGUACGUCUGCAAGCUCCUGAGCACAGAGCCUGACGGGACCUUCCUGCUCCGCUUCAGUGACUCGGAGAUCGGGGGCGUCACCAUUGCUCACGUCAUCCGGGGCAAGGACGGCUCCAGCCAGGUGGAGAACAUCCAGCCCUUCUCUGCCAAGGACCUGUCCAUCCGAUCCCUCGGCGACCGCAUCCGGGACCUGGGGCAGCUCCGCAACCUCUACCCCAACAUCCCCAAGGACCAGGCGUUCGGCAGCCACUACAACAAAGAGCAGACGGGCAAGGACGGCCGCGGCUACGUCUCCACCGCCAUCAAGAUGACGGUGGAAAGCGAGAGGGACCAGCAGCCCCAGAGCACUGCGGGGGGGGGCCCCGAGCCCCCCCAGGCUCAGAUGUUCAGCCUGCCCGUGCUGCAGCCCGAGCUGCACCCCGAGAACCUGCAGUCGGUGCUCAGCCCCAUCUGCCCCCCUGCUGCCUUCUGCUCCCAGUCCAUGCCCAGCUACCCCGCGGGUGAGAGCAACAUGAACAUGAUGGUCCCCGAGGGCAUCGGGUCCUCCUUCCCCAGCACCUCACCGAUGCUCUCAUCGUCACUGGUCUUGGACCCUGCGCUGCCCCGCUGCCAAGACCUUGCCUUCAGGAGCCCUAUGAGCUUUAUAACCAACCAGUACAUGCCCGGGGAGGCCUCCCAGCUGCUGCCCGGAGGACCCUCGCCGGAGCCACGGGAUGAGGAGAUGCCUGAGCUGGCCCCGUUCACGCCGAUGGACGCGCCGCUGCAGAGCUCCCCAAGGAUGGCGCCCAGCAUGGACCUGCCGCCCGGCUCCGAGUUCGACCAGUUCCUACAGGAGAUGUCCCUGGACAGCCCCGCGCUGUGCCCCCCCUUCACGCCCCCCCUGCAGCGCAGCGGAUAUCCCAGCCCCAACGCUUCGUGCUGGGGGCUGGGGGAGUCCCGGUGGGAUGACAGCGUCCGGCCAGGGCACGCGUGAGGGGGCUGCGGGGGCCGUGGGACUGAGAGCCCCGACGCAGCCUCGUCUGGGCUCAUGGACUUGACACCAUUUGCGCUGGAGUGGGAACUCUGGCAGGGGAGGGGAGGGAAUUUUCCGGGGAGGGGGCAGCACUUCGGGUGACGCCCUGCCCCCCCCCACCCUGUGUAUACGCUGCACUUUGGAGCACGGAGCCGCUGCCUGCCCUUGCCGCUGCCAGCGGGGGCCCUGACCCACGUGGGGGUGCCCCCAGCCUCGCCGCCAAGCUCGGUGCCCCCAGCCCACGCUGCCGGGCUCGGCCCCCCGCGGGGGCCGGGAUGAGUCAGCCGCGGGGGCGAGAGGCGGCAGCGGGAACCGGGGGGCUGAGCGUGCCAGCCCGGUGCUCGGCAAGGCCUCUGGCUCCCCGAGGGAUGGGGGGGGGACAGAAGGACCCCCCCACACACACACACAUCAGCCCAGCUGGGGGCACAAGCCCCUCGUCCACCCGGGACUGGCACCUGCUGUGGGGUUUGUGAGCUGCCCUGCGCCCCCCCCAGCCUGGAGGAGGGUCAAGGCAGGGAGAGGGGAGCCUGGGGGUGUGGGGGCAGGAAGAUAAGCCAUAAAAUAAAGUUUUAUUCCAAAAUAACAAAAUAAAUAAUCUACUGUACACGUUACAAA